GCGUGGUGAAUAAGGAAGCCGGGAGCAGCCCUGCCUCUCCUUUUCUCCGGCGGCCGGGAAGAUGGCAGACAUUCAGACGGAGCGUGCUUACCAAAAGCAUCCUAAGAUCUUUCAAAACAAGAAGCAGGUUCUGCUGGGAGAAACCGGCAAGGAAAAACUCCCUCGGUACUACAAAAACAUCGGUCUAGGCUUCAAGAUGCCCAAAGAGGCCAUCGAGGGCACCUACAUAGACAAGAAAUGCCCCUUCACUGGUAACGUCUCCAUCCGAGGUCGGAUCCUGUCUGGUGUCGUGAUGAAGAUGAAGAUGCAGAGGACCAUCGUCAUCCGCCGGGACUAUCUCCAUUAUAUCCUGUCCCCCUGUUUCAGGGAUGUACAGAUCGGAGACAUUGUCACAGUUGGAGAGUGCAGGCCCCUGAGAAAGACUGUGUGAUUCAAUGUGCUCAAGGUCACCAAGGCUGCUGGCACCAAGAAGCAGUUUCAGAAAGUUAGUUCUGGGCU